AUGUCUGUCUCAAACGAUGAAUUGAUGAAGAAAUUGGAAGAGUUUAUGAUCCAACAAACACAAAACAGAAAUGAAUUAAAGGCCAACACCAAUGAUCUGAAGGCGGCUAUGGUAACCCUGCAGUCCAAGCAAACUACGAUAGAAGAUGGAUUACAAGCACAAAGUCAGAAUAAGACAUACAAACAAGGGGAGGAUGAAGACAGUGAAGAGAUGUGUUUCGAGGGGGAGAAAUUCGAGGAUCCACCAGAACAAGGUGUGAAGAUUUUUUUUGAAGAGCAACAAACUCCCACGGAGGCUUGGGUGAGACAGACCACCUUUUCACUACAAGGAAAAGCUAGCAAGUGGUACCACAACCUGAGACGGAUGAAGACACGCUUGAACUGGUUUGAGUUUUCAGAAGAAUGCAGAAUUAGAUUCGGACCACCAAUGAGUAUGGACCCAUUGGGUGAAUUGACCCGUUUAAGGCAGUCCGGUUCAGUGGAAGACUACUGCGAGAAUUUCGAGUCCUUGCUGGGAAGGACGACAGGAGUAACUCCUGACCAAAACAUAUGGCAUUUUCUGUGUGGGCUUGAUCAAUGCUAUCCGCUAUGA